AAUGCAAAGAAAAAAAAGUAGAUAACUCCCAGUGUUGAAGUGGUUGCAAUUUUCAACCAUGGCCAUGGCAAUCUCAUCAACCAAAUUACCAUCUUCCUUCAUAUUAGGAACCCCAUCACUUCACUCUACAAACCACCAAGUUUCAUUUCUUCAAAACCAUAACUUGAAUUUAUCAUCAUCACUUCACAAGAAGAGAGUCUCCUUCACUGUCCAAGCAGUCAAAACUCCUUCUGGUGUUGAAUUUCCAAAAGUACAGCCUAAGUUUAAACCACCAUUUCUUGGGUUCACAAAGACAGCAGAAAUAUGGAAUUCUAGAGCAUGCAUGAUUGGACUCAUUGGAACUUUCAUUGUAGAGCUUAUAAUACACAAGGGAAUACUUGAAGUGAUUGGAGUUGAGAUUGGAAAAGGUCUUGAUAUUCCUCUUUGAUUAAUCAUGUAAUGUAACUAUUGUCACAUGUAUUUCAGUUAAUUUUUUUUUUUAAAAGGUUGUUAUAAGAACAUGUUUUCUCAUUUCUAGUCAUUUGGCUACAUCAAAAUUUUGGCUUAAGAGAUGCCAAUACAAUUGUGAAUGGGGUGU